AUGAACUGGAAGGGCGAGUUCCUCCGUGAGGCCGAAGCGCGCCAUGACGAGAUCAACUCUUGCAUGAAUGCCUCGCUCAACUUUGGCGGGUUCAUGAACAAUGGUCUUAUUAUGCCGUGGAGCGAGUCCCGUCGGUAUCACCGGCAUGACGUGGGGCGGCCUGAUCGGCCUUGGCUUCUUCGUCCUCCUCUUCCGCCAUAUCCCCGCCAUCCUUGGCAUGUACAAGUUGAUGCGAAACGUAUGCAAGAACCUACAAAGAGGCCUUAUUUAUGGGAUACUUUGGUCCUAUCGGUGCCGGCCCUUUAUUUGUACGUUGCGAACACGCGCCACCUCUACUCCGACCGGAGCCAUGGUGACGAAGAGGAAACGUACCUCGUGCGCGUCAUGAUUCCGGCCGUAUAUUUCCAUGUCUUGUUAUCGAUCGUGUUGGACGGUUUGUCGAUGCCGGGGCUCAACUUGAUUUACGAGAUCUGCGGUGUUGAGUCGAUUAUGGACGAUGCGGUCGUGGUGCGUCGCAAGUCUGUUCGGGCGCCGACGCCUGUCAAUGCCGAGGUGAAGGACAAUAGGACAUUUGUCGCGUACAAUCGAUCCUCAAAGCCGUUAUGCGAGCCGAGCGAGCUGCCGAUUGUCGAGGAGCGCUACAUUGGGCAUAUGUAUUGUGACGGCGGUCGGGCGGUCGGGCGGUCGGGCGGCGACGCCUGA